AUGAAAAGGCAGAGCUGUCCAUGUCGAUGUCCAGGUGACAUCUACUUGGAUGUUUUGGCUCAUAGAUGGGAUUCCAAGGAAGACAAAACUCGCAAAGAUGCUGCUCGGAUAACUGAGGUGACUAAAGCGCUUGGCAAAGAACCAAACCCAGCUAUGGCCAAUAAACUUGGUAAAAUGAAUGAGGUAAAAAACGAAACAGCCGAUAAGAAACCAAGUAAUAGGGAUUCAAUGCUGGACGACACUAUAUACGAAGUUUAUUCUCUACGACAUGGCAAUCUGGCAAAGAAGCCCAGCACAGAAGCUAUCAAACAAACACAGACGUUGUCAGACGAAACAGUACAGCCACCUGUAGGCAAGUGUUAUAAAGCAGGAAAGUUCUUUACGGAGGAAGAAAAUGAUGAUUUUGGUCCACCGAAUGCACAAAAUUUUAUGGCCAAUAUUACCGAUAUUGAUUAUGUUUCUCACGAUAUGAUUAGAACAAUCAAUCUCUCAAAAGAUUUGCCAUUACCAGUUGCUAGAGAGAAUCAUCCACCUGACUACCAUCUAACCACCAACUUGGAUUCCCUGGAAAAACAACAACAUUACGGAUGGCAAUCACUAAAGGCGAACACGUUUCUAUCGAAUGUUUUAUGCUUGCCGACAGAUCAAGAGAAGAAUGAUAUACACACCGCUAAAGAGAAGUUGGCAAAAGUUACUUUUCUACCUAAACAAACCAUGAUGGCUUUCUAUGAAAAGACGAAGAAUUCAAGUGAGUAA